AUGAAUAGUAUUGCAUUUCCAUCAUUGACUGAAGAAGAAAUUUCACUUGUUUCUCAUGCUCUUAGUGGUUUAUUGCAGAACUUUAUUUAUUUUCAAACUGAUUUGUCUCAUGAAUUAUUUAUGGUUUUAGCAUUUUUUGGACCUAUUCUAAUCAUUUGGCCUGCAAUUCCUUUUUUAAAGGAAUAUAUUAGAAUUACUCAAAUAUCUUAUUGUCGUCGCACACAUGCCAUGGAGGCUAGACGUAUUAGAUAUGCUAUUUUUUCCUAUUUUACUAUUGGAAUAUCUAUAUUUAUAAUGUUACAAUUUGGAAUUAAAUUAUAUUCAACAGAACAUAAAAAUCUGAUUUUUUGGUUUAUAAAUUAUCUCAUAUAUGAAAAAGGUUCAGAAAUAAGACAGAAAAUACUACUUUGGUGGAUGAAUUGUUUGAUUUUUACUAUGUUAUUUAUAAGAAUAUUUUUUUAUGCACAGAAAUCAAAAAAGCAAAUAAAUCAUAAAAAUGAAAGAAUAUCUGGUAGUAAAUUGAAUAAAAGAAGAAAGCUUUUUCAUGGAUUAGUUAUAAUAAUGUUCCUUCCAACAUUAUAUUUGGACCCUUUAUUUUCAAAUAUAUCUUUUUCUAUUGCGUUUUCAUUGUUUUGUAUCUGUGAAGUCAUUAGAAUACUUGCAUUGCCACCACUUGGAACUUUUUUGCAUUCUUUUUUAUCUCAGUUUACUGAUGAGCGGGACAAUAAAGGCAACAUUAUAGUUAGUUAUCUUUAUCUUCUUAUAGGAUGUGCUUCUCCAUUGUGGUUAGAUUUUGUUGGCAUUACAUUAGAUGAACAAAAUCAAUAUCAGCUUAAAUUGAAGACUAUUAGUGGUAUAUUGUGUUUAGGUUUUGGUGAUUCAGUAGCGAGUAUCAUUGGAAAAAAAUUUGGUAGAUUACAUUGGCCUAAUUCUAAAAAAACUGUUGAGGGCACCAUUGCAUUUGUUUUAGCUGUACUUUUUGGCGGUGUAUUAGUAAAAUACAUGGGUUGGGUUAAUGAUGUUAUUAUAUGGAUUGACUUUUUUUUAGCAACUAUCAUGACUGGUAAAUAA